AUGAGCAAUGAAAAUAGUGGAGUGCAAGUAGCGAUACGAGUGAGGAAGCUCAUCAAUAGAGAAGUCAAAGCAUGUGAAACAGUUAAAUGGAAUAUUCACGAACAAUCCAUCUGGGAAGCAGACCGGAAUGAUUCUGCUUACACAUUCGAUAAGAUCCUGAAAGAACAUGUGUCUAAUGAAGAAACUUAUGAAGAGCUUGCCAGAAAUCUCGUUAUUUCUGCCAUGGAAGGCAUAAAUGCCACGAUAUUCGCUUACGGACAAACUUCAUCCGGCAAGACGCACACCAUGAUGGGAGGAAAGGAAGAUAAGGGAAUCAUCCCUCGAGCUGUUCAGGAUAUAUUCCGAUACUGUGCAGAGCACAGUGAGGACAGGAGUUUCUUACUGAGAGUAUCCUACAUGGAGAUCUACAAUGAGACAAUUACCGACUUGCUGAAUCCCGACAAAAAUCAGAAACUGAGAGUAAGAGAGAACAUCAGAGGUGAAGUGUAUGUGAAGGACUUAGGAGAGGUGUUGGUGACAUGUGAGGAGGAUAUCUACAGCUACCUUGAUGCUGGAGAGCUGUCCCGACACUUUGCUGCUACGAACAUGAACGAGCGAAGUAGCAGAUCUCACACCAUCUUUAGAUUGGUAAUAGAAAGUACAGAGAAGGGAAGUGAGGCAGAGACAGAGGGACAAGCUCGCUGCGUGCGAGUUAGUCAGCUCAACUUGGUAGAUCUGGCGGGCAGUGAGCGAGCCAAGUCUACUGGGGCAGAAGGAAUUCGUCUGAAAGAGGGCGGUCACAUAAACACCAGUUUGAUGGUUCUGAGCAAAGUUAUCGCCAAGCUCUCUGAUCCCAAUGUCAAUGUGAUCCCGUUUAGAGAGUCGAAGCUAACCCGAAUCUUACAAUCGUCACUUGGAGGAAACGCUAAAACGUGUGUGAUAUGUACCAUGACCCCGGCCGCUAUCGAAGAGUCUCAUUCUACACUUAGGUUUGCAAAGAGCGCUAAGAUGAUGAAGAACAAACCUAUCAUAAAUGAAGUAAUGAACGACAAAGCGAUCAUCUCAAAAUACGAAAAACGUAUUAGGAAACUGGAGCGAGAGUUAGAAGAGAAGAACCAGCUGGAGUCACAUGUGAAGCUGCGGGACAAUGAGAUAAUGGCACUGAGAGGACAACUUGUUGGCUCGAUCCGGGCUGUUCUCCCUCCGGGUGCCUCACCAUCGAAAGCGCGAAGAAGAGAGACAUUUUUCCACGGUCCUCAGGGCCUUGUCCCCUCCCCUCGCAACACUUUCAUCAAAAGUCGCCUCACUAACGAGAGUGAUAAGGAUGGUUGUGCUAAGAAGUUGUUCACCUUACCCGCCAUGGUGUCAGAUCGUGAGUCACGUGACUCCUGUGUUGAUGAACGUGAAUCUAUGGAACGUGAAAACUCUCAGCUGAAGUCUUCACUCGAGCGUGAGCAAGCUAAAAACGGCAAACUUAAGACUGAUCUAAAAGAGCUCGAAGAAAUGUGUACGGAGAUGGGAGAUCGGAUGCAGGACCAUAUUGACGAGCAACAGGAGCAGAUUGACCAGUUUUGUUGUCAAGUUGAGGACUCUGAGAAUUUGGGACAACAUCAGAAAAACAAAAUUCAGGAGUUAGAGACUAUCCUCAUUGCUGCAGGAGAAGAACGACAAGAUCUGCUAAACGAGUUAGAAGACAACAGAAUUAAGAUCAGACAAGUUGAAGAGAGGAACGUCCUGAUACUGAACGAGGCAGAGGAACAAAGACUGGAUCUGGAGAGUCAGAUAUCUAGACUAGCGUCAGAGAACAACUUGGUGUCUAGUCCUGGAAAGAAAAGGAAAUCUGACCAAUUACCGAUAGGCUUUAACCCGGAAGCAGUGGUGAAACUUAAAGCUGAAGUAGACUCUAAGAGCGUAGAAAUAGCUCGCCUCGAAUCCUUACUUAGGGGCUAUGCCUUGGAAACAGAAGAAAAGCUGUCCGCCCUCCAGAAAAAGUACGAAGAAGAAGCUAAACGAGGGCAAGAAUCAACCCAGCAGUCACUAUCUGGGUUCGAAGAUAAGAUAUCUCAACUAGAAGAGGAGAUAAGAUCCCUUGAAGAGGCAGCAGCCCAGAAGAACACUGAAUUCUCUCAGAUGCAACGGCUAAUCCAGGAGCAGACGGAGCUUGUGGAGAUUGCCGCUCAACAGGAGAUAACAGAUUUGAAGACAGCUCUAGAGGAUUCAAACACCGGUAGAUUGGAACUGUGCACAGAAUUGGAGAAGUUAAAGCGAGAUCAUUCAACACUUCUGUUGAAACUUCAGCACACUGAUGAAACUCUUGAGACUGCUAGAAUUGAAAGACAGUAUGAAAUGGAAGCUUGCCCAAUGGAAUCUAUUUCAGAUUUAGAACAGCUCAAGCAACAGUUAUGUGUGAAGGAAAGCGAGAUCGCUGACCUAAAGAAAAAUAAAGAGGUUGACGUUGAGAUGAUAGAAAUGCUGGAACAGAGGGAUAAAAUGAUUGCAAACUUGAGAUCUCAACUAGAGAAGACCUUUUCUAGUCAGGAAGAUUUUGAACGUAGCCGACAAGAUUCAAACGAACGGAUCAGUCAGUUAGUAAACGAUGUUGAGCAGAAGAGCACAGAACUAAAUGACGCAGAAGAUAGAGUGAUUCACCUUCAGUUGGCAUCUGUUGAUGCAGGACUUCAGAUUGAACAACUUGGAAACGAUAAAAAGAUCGCAGAUCUUAAGAAAACUGAAAAGUUCGAAGGCGAGAUGAGAGAAAUGCUGGAACAGAGGGAUAAAAUGAUUGGAGACUUGAGAUCUCAACUAGAGAAGACCUUUUCUAGUCAGGAAGAUUUUGAACGUAGCCGACAAGAUUCAAACGAACGGAUCAGUCAGUUAGUAAACGAUGUUGAGCAGAAGAGCACAGAACUAAAUGACGCAGAGGAUAAAUUGAUGCACCUUCAGUUGUCAUCUGUUGAUGCAGGACUUCAGAUUGAAAAACUUGGAAACGAUAAAAAUUGUAUGGCUAAGCGGAAUUGUGACCUUUCCAAUCAAAACUCUCAGCUUGCUCAAACCAUUUUGAAACUGGAGAAGGAAAAAUUGGUGUUGGAAGACAUCUCAAAGUCAAAUGAGGGUAACGUUGUGACUAUAGGUGAUACGUCGAAUGAUAUCCAUAAUGCAACCAAGUUUGAGUCCUUGCAAGCGGAAAUUUCCGACUUAACCGGGCAAAAUAAACGUUUGCUCGAAGAAAGCUCAGUUCUGUGCAGCAGAAUCUCUGAGCUUACCACUGAAAAUGAAAAGUUACGAGAAAAGGAAACGGCAGAUAAUCCUAAUCCGAUGAUCGAAUCUCCUUCAUCUGAUUUAGAACAAAUAUGCAACUUGAAACAGCAGGUUUCUGAUCUUCUAGAAAACAGUGCUAGACUUUCUGAACAAGUUCAACUGCUCACUCAGUCCAACGAAGGUUUGAGCGCAUCUAAAGCAAGUCUCGCUGAGCGUUUAGAUAUCGUUUCAGAAGAGAACGUUAAGAUGUCUGAGCAUUAUACUGCACAGUUCAAGGAGAAAAACGAUCUGUUAGCUUUUGCAAAUAAUGAGGUUACUCGACUUACAGCGGCCGUUGAAAACUGGACAGAGCAAAAUUUAAAGCUUGGUCAGGAGAGUCUUGUCUCAUCUGAUGUUGCUCAUGCGACCCUCGCCUCGUCGCUAGAACAGCAGUCUGAAAUACAAACUUUGAAGCAACAGAUUGAAAGUUUUAAUCACACAUUCGAAAUCACUGUUAGUGAACAUGAAAACAAUGUCAAGGAGCUUAACGGUCAACUGUUAUCUGCACAAGAUGAAAUCACUAACAUGGCAACUGUUAUCUCUAAUCUCACAGAGGAAAAAUCAAAACUUGUCAUUAAAAGUGCUGACCUUUCAGAAAGUUUGGCGAAUUCGACUAGUUCAAUCCUAAAAGAUUCUGAAGAAAACCGGAAAGAAAUUUUAGAGCUAGAGCAACAAAUAAAAGUUCUAACAGAGGAGUUAGCUAGACUAAAUCAAAGGAUUUUGGAAAUGACUGAAAAACAAUCCUCCACUGAAACGUCCCUCCUUGAUGCCACUGAAGAAAAAGACCGAUUGAACAGUGCUUUAGAAACUAUUUCACUCGAGGCUAGGGAAGCUGAUCAGAGGAAAGCAGAACUCCAGAAAAGGCUACAGGAAAUGGAGACAAAACUUGUUCAGUCGGAGAAAGAAGUCUCAAUCGGUAAAUCCUGUAUGGCUGAACUAACUGAACUGAUCGAGGAGAAAGAUAGUGAGCUAGAUGCUGUAAAAUCUAAGUUGGGAGAGACAGAUACCUCCUUCUCUGAUUCCGCUAAGGAAAGGGAUCAGUUAAAGGUAGAAUUAGAAACAGUUUCUGUCAGGGCUAAAGAGGCUGAACAGAGUCUAGCAGAUUAUCAGCAAAUGCUAGAGGAAAUGGAGACAAAACUUGUUCAGUCGAAGAAAGAAAUAUCAAUUGUCAAGACUUGUAUGUCUGAAUUUUCCGAACUGAUUGAGGAGAAAGAAAGUGAGCUAAAUACCGUAAAAUCUAAGUUAUAUGAAACAGAAGAGUUGUUAGCUGCUUCCAAAGAAGCUCAAAGUGAGGUGGAGAGUAAUUUGAAUCAAAGCAAACAUUCUCUCUCAGUGAUAUUGGAAAACGGCGGAGACACAACCAACCUUGAUGCCAUGCAAGAGCAGCUUAAUAACAGAAUAGCAGAGAUUAGUUCUCUAGAGACUAAGGUGAAAUCACUUGAAGUACUCUUGGAUUCAAAAUCUUCAGAGAGCUUGGAACUGAAAAAUGAACUGAAGAGACAUUCAGACAUGAUAAAUUCUCUUCAGGCUAAUGAAGUCGACGAAUUUGCUUUACUAGAAGAAAAGGCCAUCCUCGAAGAAGAUAUUUGCUUCUUGAAAGAGCAGCUAAAUUGUCAUGUCACAGAAAUCAAAGAAAUCGGAAUACGACUGGAAGAGAAAAAUGUCUGCCUAGUACACUUCGAAAAUCAACUGAACGUAAAGAAUACCGAACUCUUACGUAUGCAGACGGAGUACGAAGAAAAGCUAGCUGAUUUGGAAAAGAAGAACACUGACUUGAACUGCAGGGUUGCUGAGGAACUACGAGCCAAGAACGCUUUGAGGUCAGAUUGCGAUGAGUUGAUGACUUCUUUGCAAAGAAAAGAAAGGGCGAUGAAAGGAAAGGAAGAAGAACAGCAGGCUCUAUUCCAGCUAGAAGAGGAACUGAAGGUUCGAGACAGGGAUAUCGCAGAGAAGCUUGUAGAACUGCAGGAAUGUGUAGGACACAUAGAGAAGACUGAAGAAGAAAAACAGGAACUGCAGAAGAUUAUCUCACAGAUGAGUGCUCAGAUGUCUCAGUUAGAAGCUGAAGUUUUGUCCCUCACCGAAGAGCGCGAUGGUUACUUGCAACAGACUUCAAAUCUAAACUUACAGUUGGAGCCUUUGACUGAUUUAAAAGCACAAUACGAUCUAAAAACUGAAGAGAUGCAAACCAUGAAAGAUGAGAUCCUCACUCUUAUCCAAGGCUUAUCCGAGGAAAAUGAGAAGAAUAAAGUUCUGUCUGACGAGGCAGCCAAUCUAAAAUCUAAAAUCCAGUCCAUUACAGGAGAACGGGAUUGUCAAGUUCAGACCAUCUCUGAUUUGAAGUCCCAGCUUCAGGAGCAGGUUGAAAAAGAGGCAGAGCUGUCGUCAAAGUUGUCUUCAGUCUCGAAUGAUUUGGAGGACAAAACAUCUUUCAUGGGAGAGUACCACUCAGUUAGCAAAGAAUUGGCAGAGGUGAAGCGACUUCUUGAAGUGAAGUCAGAAAGCCUCCGAAAAUCUGAAGAGCAGAUAAAAGAACUCAGGUCUAGUAAAGAUGCUUUUUCAAGCAGACGGAAACUUCUUGAGGACCAGAUGGAAGAACUGCAGAAAAGUAUUCUUGAGUAUGAGAUGAUGAAAAGUAGUUACAUCCAGCUGAAGUCUGAUUUCGAAUCGCUCCAAUACAAGAAUAAGCUCGCUGAUGCCGCAAAGGCUGAAGCUGAGAAAGACCUCAGUGAAUAUCAACACUAUCACGAGUCUACCAUCAAUACAGAAAAAGCUAAAUAUCAACAGUUGACAGAGAAGUACAACGAACUCUCUGAACGGUUUAGGACAGAAACAGAACAAUUGAAACAAGAGAUGGUUGAUCACGAGCGGGAGCUCAGCACUCAGAUCUCCACUCUGACGUCAGAUAGGAACCACUUUGCACUGCAAGUUAAAGAGUUCUCUGCAAAUCUCUCCAACUUAAACCAAGAAGUUGUGAAUCUUACUGAGAACAAGGACAGCUUGACUGCCAGACUUAAAACUGAGUCUGAAAGGUGUCUCAAGUUGGAAGCGAAAAGAAUCAAGGACGACAAGGAAUAUUUAGAUAUGUACAACAAGCAUCAGGCAAUGUGUAACGAAGCAGAUACCAUCGAAAGCAAAUACAAUCAGCUCGACACAAACUUCCAAAGCCUCAAAGAGUCACUGGAGAAGGAGAUAAUCCGAAGAAAGUACGUGGAAACUGUUGCCAAAGUGAACCCAAAAACCUACAACCCAACCACAUUAGAGGAGUUCAUGAAGGGGUUGGAGACAGACCACACAAACUACUUGAACAGGAUAAAGAACACGUACAAGGACGUGGGCUUGGUUUGUCAAGUGUGCGACAAGCGUCGUAAGAUCGACCCCAAUUCUCCGCGGUAUGUGCCCCGACCACCACCAGAUGGUGCGGCCAGUGCGGGGGUAGACCGGAAUGUGGGUAGACAGAGGGACGCGAGUGAUGAGAAUAAAGCCACUGCUGUUGUUGUGUCACCUGACCUUGAGAAUUCCGCUCCCGGACAUCAGGUGAACCCCUCCGAGGAAGCUCAGAACAAAAGGCCUCUCUCCCCAGGCCAACCCCAGAGAAAGAUCGCUCUCAAAAAACCGAAGUCCAGUGAAGAUGACUGUAAGCAGCAGUAGAACUUUCCAUCAAAUCCUCUAAUGGAAAUUAAGUUAUCAUUUUUUGUGAAAUUUGAGUCGAAUAUGUUAAAAGUUAUAUUAAGAGUAAGACCUGGGCGAAGAAAGUUUAUUUCUACUUUUAGCCCGGACUCCUUGUUUGAUAUAUGUUAACGUUCGUAUUGUUAUGAAGGGGAGGCGACAUAUAAUCCAUUAUUAGGGAUGUAUUCUAAUUGAUUUUUAAAACGACUAUCAUUAUUUUGGCUGCAGGACUUGUUGAAUAAUCAGCACUUCAUGAAAGUUGAAUGCAAGUUUUAAUGAAUAGAUUAGACAACGGUAAAUUAGAAUCUGGAUUUAUUUUAACGAAUAUGUUAUUUAAAUUAGGAUUUGUAAUGUUAUGUUUUAAUUGUUUUUUAAUAAUUUUCUUAUAUUUCCUAUUAUCAAUUCACAAUUGGUAUUGGUAAUUAUAUUUGUUAAUCAUCCAUUUCUCACCGAACAUUUUAAUUUGCCUGAUGCUGCAUUGUAUUUCAUUAUGCUUACAUUUUCAUUGCAUGUAUUACAUGAAUAAUGAACCCAUUUCUAAAUUUCAAGAACACAGAAAUGUGAGAUUCUUAUUUCCCAUCGUGGACGUUAGCAUCUUGUGUUCUAAAGUUACCAGUUGUUGAAGGAAGCCAUUCUAAACCUGAAGAAUGAAAUUGUUUUGGUUUUCUAUAUGCUAUAACAUAUAACUUCUAAAAUUAAGUUUACAAUCGUGUGAU